AUGGCGCCCGGAGGUGGCCUGCCGGACAUCUCGGGAAUGACAUCAUUGAAGGUGGACGUGACGGGACAAAUUCCGGAGAACUGGACUGCCGAAGAACUCCGCAAGUCCUUCGAGAAAUUUGGCGACAUCGGAGACGUCUUUGUGCCCCGCGAGAGGUUUUCUGACAGGCCUCGGCCAUUUGCGUUCGUGAGAUUCCUUGAUGACUCCGACGCAAAAGAGGCAAUAAAGGAGAUGAAUGGCACGAAGUUUGAGGGCAGCACUCUCACAGUCUCCAAAGCCAACCGAAGCAGGGAGGAGGCCCGUGCGGAAACGGCGCGAGACGAUGGAAAGCGAAAGAAGUCCAGAUCCAGGCGCAGAAGAUCCACCAGCCGAGGUCGUCGGCGGCGCUCCAGGUCCCGAUCGUCUCGCCCACGGCAGAGAUGUGAGUCGAGUGACAGCGGAAGAAAGCGCAGGCGGAAGCGAAGCGCCAGUGGAAGCAGUCGAAGCAGCCGCAGCCGAAGCCGCCGCCGAUGA